AUGGCCUUGUCACAAACCGAGCGGUUAAUUAAUUGGCUUAAGGAAGUUGCUGUUCGAAGGAGUUUAGUGGAGCAUGCGACUAAGAGAGAAUUCUUACAGAUGAUGGGAACGACAAAGCUGCAUGGCUGUUAUAGACUUUAUGCCGGAAAAACUUAUGGACGUCUAUUCUGGCUACUUGUAGCUAUCUCAACGGGUGUAAUUUUUGUCAUCGUUCUAGCAGAAUUAACAAAGCAAUAUAGGGCGGAGAAUAUCACGACGCAGGUGAAAAUAGUAUAUGAUUAUGCCGAUGGCCCAUCAUUAACGAUAUGCAGUCAUAAUCCUGUACGACGUAAUUACAUUGAAGAGCUGAAGAGAACCACAACUUUUUCCGAUGAACUGUUAAUGUAUCUGUUGCACAUCUUUUUGCGACCAGAAGGCCUUGUUAAAAUGGAUGUUAUGGAUAUGGAUAAUCUUUGUGACGGAGAAAGAUUACUGCAAGAUUAUAUGUUUACAUAUAAAAAUUUUACAGUGGAAUCUUUCGUUAAGGAAGCUAGUUUCAAAUGUGAGGAAGCCUUUGUACAGUGUGCUUUCGAAGGUAGUCGAAUAAGACAACCGUUUAUGGACAACUUCGAACCUGGUUUUCGGCUGUAUGUCCAUGAUAAGGAUACUAUUUCAUAUGUCAGUUCUGAAAUCCUUGUCGUCUCACCAAACAAUAAGUUGUCUGCAGGACUAAAGCCUAUUAAGGUCAAUUCUUCUUUUUUGGAGCGGUCUAAAGGAGGCACCUGUCGUAGUGCUUGGCCGUCAGUUUUACGGCGCAAUUCUACAUAUUCUUCUUCAGCUUGUAAAAUGGCUUGCAUAGCAAGAUAUUUCGUUGUGAACUGUGGUUGUAUUCCUUUGCAAUAUAAUAUUUUGAAAGAAGGUAGGCUUUGCUCCCCAAAAGAGGUCUUCGAUUGUAUUAGCAACUACAGAGAAAUUGCGAAUAUUGUGCAUAAUGUUACCUACUCUCCCUUAUGUCAAGAUUGUGCACCGGAAUGUGAACUUUUUAUUUAUUUUACACAGAAUUCUAUUAUCCACAACAUUCUUACCUCACUGAAUAAAUAUAUGGAAAACCUGCAACAACACUAUAAGCUCAGCUAUGUCAGGAACAAUCUGGCAACUGCACAUGUGUUUUUUGCUUCAAAAAAGUAUAAGAUGUACUCGCAGUCAACACUUUCCGAUUUGUCAAGCUAUUUAAGUAAAAUCGGUAGCGAUAUGGGUCUGUUCUAUGGUGCCAGUGUCAUUUCGUUAUUUGAACUGAUUUUAUUAUUGUUCAAAACAAUUUGGGCACUUGCUUCUUCAUCACGUGCUGUUUAUCUCGAAGAGAAAGCCAAGCGAGAGAUGGAGAGAAAACUGCGCAUUGAAGAAAUCAUAAAUGAAUAUUCCAUACCAGACCAAAUGGUUGGAUAUGUCUCACAAACAACUGAACGCCCACAACGAGAAUUGGAUCAAAUGCUGUCGUUAACAUUGACACCGGAACAAGCUAAUGCAAUUUUGGAAGCGGAAACAUUUGUUGAUUCAAUAUAUGUUCUGCUAAGAAGGGAUAAGUUAACAUCGACAGUUGAAGAUGUCGAUAGCAAACGAUGCGUUUCUGUGGUUUGACCAUUCUUUAUAUUGAUAAUCAAUAUAUUAACUGCAGCUUGGAUCAUUAUAUAUGAGCAAUAAUGUAAUUAGAUUGAUAAUCC